AUGAAGAGAGUUUGUAUGAUUGUUGAACCAGAUUCCAUCACCAAGCCCAAACUCGUCUCGGGCAGCAUCGAUUUUGCACAGCUCCACGAUUAUAUCACGGACAUGGUCCUCCACGGCGAUUCGCUCGUAGGUCUCGAUACCUUGUUCACUGCUAAUUGGCCGGAGGCCGAAUCGUCUCGCGUCCUCUUCAAGCGCAAUCAGGGGGUAAACAAUCGUGCCCGGGCUUCCUCAGCCGGGUGGAGGUAG